AUGCUGCGACCAAAACCACCCGUCUGCCUGCUCUGUUCAUUCAGAGCGGCGCGAAAUGCCUCCCAGCAAUGGACCCCCCAACAAACAGCGUCUCUGAGCACGAAAUACCAAUCCAAAGGGAGUGCGAGACCAAAUCGAAUGGGUCUGGCAAAGGCGACAGUUGUGCGAUCAACAGGCCCAGCAAAGCGCGGCGCAAAGCCUGGGAGACGACCACAAGAUGGACCAUUUGGAGGCAUGAACUUGAAGACGGCUGGCAUCAGAGGGGUUCCCGAAAGAGGCCCAGCAAGAAGCAUGGAAACGAAGGGCCCUGUGGAGAAGGGGCCAGCUGGGCGAGGCUCGAAGGACAGAAAGGACCGCGGAUUUAAGGCAUUGAAGAUGCAGAGGUCUCUUGCACCCGUCUCAUACGACCAGCGGACGAGGAUCAAAUCACGGAUCGCGGAUGUAGACUCGUUCGAGAACUUUUCUCUUCUUGAAUCCGUGAAAAACUCGAUAGCCACGCAGGCUCUGCCGGGCAUGGUUGGUUUGGCUCCUACGCCAGUACAAAAGAUUGCCAUCCCAAUGCUACUUGGAGAGAAGAAUGCAAGGAGGCGCAAGACAGAUACAGAGCGACAAGAAUUCUUGGUUGCUGCGGAGACUGGCUCGGGGAAGACUUUGGCAUACGUUCUGCCGAUGAUCAACGCUGUCAAGCUUGCUGAGAAGGAGGAUGCCGAUAUUGAGGCCCAUCAGAAGGCUCUCGACGAGGAACGUCUGAAGCAAAAUGACUUGACCUUGGUAUCUCCACCUCUGUCCAAUAUGCCGCAUCCGACUACUGGAAGGCCACGGGCCAUUAUCUUGGUACCUACGGCGGAGCUUGUUACUCAAGUCGGGAAUCUUGUCAAGUCGUUGUCGCAUACUGUCAAAUUUCGCUCGGCAAUGAUCUCGUCCUCGUUCAGUGGAACAGUCAUUCGCAACCGUCUCUUCUCGCCCAAGGGAAUCGAUAUCCUGGUUUCAACUCCUCAUCUUCUCUCCUCUAUCGCCGACUCAGAUCCUAACAUCCUCUCCCGGGUCACGCAUCUGAUAGUCGACGAGGCCGACUCCCUAAUGGACCGCGGUUUUGCCCCUCUCACAUCGGCAAUCAUCGACCGAGCGACCCCCUCCCUCAAGCAACUCAUCCUCUGCUCUGCUACUAUCCCACGGAGUUUGGACGGCUACCUGCGAAAACGAUUCCCGGACAUCCAGCGUCUCGUCACCCCCAAUCUGCAUGCUAUUCCUCGUCGUGUCCAGCUCGGUGUUGUUGAUGUUGAGCGAACUCCUUACCAGGGAAACAAAAACCUUGCAGCAGCAGACACCAUCUGGUCUAUCGGCAAGGCAGCCGCAGAUCACGAUGGACCGGUCAAAGGCAUGAUUGACGUAAAACGAAUCCUCGUGUUCGUCAACGAGCGGGAGAAAACUCAAGAAGUUGCUGAUUAUCUUGUCUCCAAGGGUAUCGAUGCCAUUGCGCUCAGUCGUGAUACCCCCGACCAUAGACAAUCCGAGAUGCUUGCUUCCUUCACCUCUGCAGAACCUCUCAACGCGCCUAAGGCAGAGCAUCCAGGUUCUUUCGCCGAGAACCAGCCCAACUUCGUUCCCAUUGGGCAAGUGGCUCCACCUGUGAAGCGCAAGUUAAAUAAUGUCAAAGUCGUAGUCACGACUGAUUUGGGGUCUCGGGGUAUUGACACUCUGGCUGUUCGGCACGUUAUCUUGUAUGAUGUACCGCACUCUACUAUAGACUUCAUCCAUAGACUCGGAAGGACCGGGCGAAUGGGUAGGAGAGGCAGAGGUAUUGUACUUGUUGGAAAGAAUGACAGGAGGGAUGUCGUGGCUGAGGUCAAGGACGGUAUGUUCAAGGGACAGGCGCUGAUCUAG